UUUCGGUUUUAACCGGUUUUAAAUUGUUGUUUUUUGAGAACUUUCGCUUUUACGGGUGACAUUGACGUUUACAUGACAAAUCCACCCCUUUAUGUUUACCGCGUAGCUGUCAUGUACUUUUGAACGAUUGUGUACAUACGAAUUAGUACAGAGUGUACAAAAAGUAUUUUAUCAGAACCAGUUUUUGAUUAUAAAAGUAAUAAACAUCUUCUUAAUCCAUUAAAAAUCGUAAAGGAAACGUUGUCGCCCCUAAAGAAGAAGCUCAUAUCAAAAGUAAUAAACCCCGAAGGACGGUGAACAUUGAUAAUUUUUAGUGCUCAGUUUACGAUCCUUGCCGGUUUUACUACCAUCUUUCGUAUCUAUCUUUCGGUUGUGGUGCUGCCGGUGGCGAAAAAGUAGACAUUUCACAUCGGAUCCGCCGUCUUUUCGUUCGAACUAUCAAACGAAAUGGGACUGAUUCGUUGUCGUCGCGUCGUCGCAAUCCUUUGUAUUAAAACAAAAGGCGGCGAUCGGAGAAAACCUUUGAUCGUAAAAAGGAAAACAAAGAAUUGAUAUAAACCAACCGACACGAUGGAUGGGAGACGAUAUGAAGCGGAGUCGCCGAGUUUAGGAGCGGAUUUGCCGAUGGCAACGCCACCCCCAAUGGCGGAAUUAAACCCCACAAGAAGAAGGAUCUGGAACUCUAUGAGUUCCGAUUUUGGACGAUCUCCAAUAUUGUCGAGAACUACAGCCUUUGGAACUUACGCUUCCGUCAAUAAAGAUAUCACUUCAAGUUUAAGAUAUGGAAGUUUUCACGGAUUAAAUAGUUACGAGAGACUUGCAUCUUCUUCUUCAUCGUCUCCUGCACUACCAAGAAGAAACGUUCAUUUCGACUUACCCAAAAUAGGGGAACGACCAGAAGAAGUAAUCGUUCGAUCUAAAAAUAAACAUCAUCCAGGUGCCGUAAAAUUAGCGUCGAAAGAAACUAAGAAAAACAAGUACCUAUCCACAGAUUCCGAUUUAUUUCGAGAAUUCGAAGAGGUGGAGAACUUAACGGAAGAAUUACGAAGCAAAUUUGGUGAUAUAUCACAUCAAAGAGCUACCGUUGGAGCGGAUGUAUAUUUUAAUGAACAUUACAUCUCGGACAUUGAUGAAAAUGAGGAAGUUAAAUAUUUUUGUCGUGGAUACGAUGAAAGGAGAUACUCAGAUAGUACGACUAUACCUUGUUGUGAAAGAACGACACCACCAAAUUUUCGAACGUUACCAAUUAAUAGUUCGGGAAAACAUGAGAAAAGUGAUUUAGGGAGUUACUCAUCGUUAAAAAGUUCUGAGUUUUGUGAAAGCAGUCCGACUGCAGCGAGGAAACGGCUUGAUUUGUCGUUACAACCACCGAAAAUUUUAAAAAGUCCAUCUAGAACCGUUGUCAAGAUCGCUAAAAUAAGACAAGUUUGUCGAAAUUGGUCCUGGACUGAAAACGCCAUGUCUGGAGGCGACGCCGGAUUAAAUCCUUCCAUGUCUCCACCAGCCUUACCUUCACCAGGUGGAAAAUUACCAUCUUUAGAUCAUGCCGAUAGACUAUUAGGGAAAGGUUCGCCAUUUGCACCACCAAAUAACGAUCCUCAAAGGCAUAGUCAAUCAGAUGAUGAUUCCGGAUGUGCUUUGGAAGAGUAUACGUGGGUUCCACCUGGUCUUCGACCAGAUCAGGUUCACCUAUACUUCUCAGCUCUUCCUGAAGAUAAAGUUCCGUAUGUCAACUCGGUAGGUGAACGAUACCGUGUUCGACAACUUUUACAACAACUUCCGCCACACGACAACGAAGUGAGAUAUUGUCACGCGCUUAGUGACGAGGAACGAAAAGAACUUCGACUAUUUUCAGCUCAAAGAAAAAGGGAAGCUCUAGGAAGAGGAAGUGUACGACAAUUACCAGCACCUAUGGCUUGUGAUGCUUGCGAAGAGCCGUUGUCUUCAGGUGACAUCUGCGUGUUCGCGUCGAGGGCGGGGCCCAACACCUGCUGGCAUCCGGGGUGUUUCACCUGUUGCGUCUGCCGUGAGCUUCUCGUCGACCUGAUCUACUUCUACAAGGAGGGGCGACUCUAUUGCGGACGACAUCACGCUGAAACCAUAAAACCCAGGUGUUCAGCUUGUGAUGAGAUAAUUUUAGCUGAUGAAUGUACUGAGGCUGAAGGUCGUGCAUGGCAUAUGAAACAUUUUGCUUGUACAGAAUGCGAACGUCAAUUAGGGGGUCAACGUUACAUAAUGAGAGAUGGUCGCCCUUACUGCUUACAUUGCUUCGACGCAAUGUUUGCAGAAUAUUGCGAUUCUUGCGGUGAACCGAUCGGUGUUGAUCAAGGUCAAAUGAGCCACGAAGGUCAACAUUGGCACGCAACCGAAUUAUGUUUCUGUUGCCACACGUGUAGAACAUCACUUUUAGGACGACCGUUCCUUCCAAGACGUGGUGCAAUAUAUUGUUCAAUAGCUUGUAGUAAAGGAGAACCACCAACACCGUCAGACAGUAGUGGCCCCGGACCCAGAAUACCAAGAACAAAUUCAAAAAGUAAUAAUAAUAAAAUCGGUCGAGUUCCUUCCCCAAACGAAUCUUCAAGUACACCACCUGGAUCGCCAAAUAAUAGAAGAAUUUUAAUGAUGGAGGGAGUUAUUUCGCCAACGAGUACUCCUUCGCCAACAUCCCCGGUUGUUCCACAUCGGCAGAAUACAUUGCCGAAAUCAAAUACUGGAAUGAGAUCUCCAAAAAUGGGGAGAAGGGCUUUGCAAAGAUCUCCAAAGAAUUUAUCGCCAAUUCCAAUUCCGAUUCCAAUACCAACACCGGAAAUUGCUCAAGUGAUAACACAUAAUGAUGAUAUAUCACCUAGAUUGGACAGGGUUUUAUUAGAAAGAAAUUUAGAAAGGUUAAUUAAUGAAAAAGGUAAUCAAAAUCAUUCGCAAGAUUUAGAAAAAUUAUUACAAGCCAGAGAUCGAUGUCGAGAACCUCUCCAUCUUGCCGAUUUAAGCUUAGAAGAAUUUCAACAAACCAAAAACCCUACAAUAAACCAAUCAAACAUCAUUGAAAAUAAAGAACCUUUAACAGAAAACUCACCAGCUCAUGCCUCUUCGAUGCCAGAACUUCCCCAACUUCCACAAACAUCUUCAACCGAUUCCUCAACAACCCCCGGAUCUCCAUACAAAAAAGGUAAGGUACGUUUUCAAGGUGAUAACGAAGCCUUUGAAGCUGACGAAGCAGAUGCAGCGAGCGUUGAAGCAAGAAAAUUUCCAAGAAGUCGAAGUUAUUCUGGAAGAAGUAAACAUAUUGAUACAUUAGAAAGGCGGAAACCAAGAAAAACAACAUCAGAUUCUCAUGUUCAUCCAAGUACAAGUAAAGACCACCAUCACGGUGGUGGGGAUGACGAUGGCGACAGUUAUUGUUCGACGUGUUCAUCAAGUUCAUCAAGUGAUGAUUUAGAUUAUCAAUUACCACCUAGAAGAGCGUAUGGUGGCGUUAGGAUUUCUUAUGUUCCAAAUGAUGCGUUGGCUUGCGCAAGGAGAAGACAAGCUGUAGUGGGCCAUAAAUCAUCGCCGAAAAGACCGUCAAUUGAUGUUGAUAAAGAUAAAAAUUGUGUCAUAUCUUGAUUGGUGGUGAAGUGUUGUUUUCCAAUUACAAGAAAGUCGAUUGAAUACAAGAUUUGAAAAGAGUAGAUAAUUUAUUUUCUAAUGCGAAGUUUGCCAAAUACUUAUAAGAUGUACCUAUGUAUUUAGGUUUUAAGAUUAAUACCAGUAUAGUGAAACCUUGAUAUAAAGGAUUAAUAAUUUGUACUUUAAACUGUUUGAAUGAAUAAUUUUAAGGUACACAAAUUUGAACAGGCAUCGAACUAAAAGUAGAGCUAACACUAACACUAGAAUAUAAUAUUAUUAUUAUUAAUAUAAUAUUUCUAGUUUUAGA